AUGUCGAACAUCUUAGAGCAAGAAAAGUUCUAUGGUGACCAUAGCUCCAACCGUACUCCUGUCGACACCAACAUAGAUCGUGAUUCAUCAAUGAAAUACUGGAAUGAGACCCCUGCAACAGCCAAUGCCAUGCUAGGUGACCUCGGUAACUUUUCCUGGUAUUCGCGUAUUGAUCUGCGCGGCUCAGCGAAUUUCUUAGCCAAGGUUCGUCGUUUGUCACCAGGUACUAUGACUCAUGAAAAAUUCAAGCUUGGUGUAGAUUGUGGUGCAGGCAUUGGCCGCGUGACCAAUGGGUUUCUCCGGCAUGUUUGUGAAGUCGUGGAUGCAGUGGAGCCGGUAGAGAAAUUUGCCUCUAUUAUACGCGAAGAAUCGCAUAGCCAUGAUGGGUUGGUAGGAGAUGUCUACGUCACUGGUCUGGAAAACUGGCUACCAAUGAAGAAGUAUGACCUGAUUUGGUGCCAAUGGUGUGUUGGUCAUAUCACAGAUAUUCAAUUGACUGAAUAUAUCGUACGCUGUCGAGCUGCUCUGACAGAGACCGGAAUAAUGGUCAUUAAAGAAAAUUUAUCCACAGAGCCUACUGGGGCUGAUAUGUAUGAUGAUUUGGAUAGCAGCGUGACACGGUCGGACCAGAAAUUUCGAGAGCUUUUCAAAGAGGCAGGGAUGAUUUUGAUCACUUCCGAGAUACAGCUUGGGUUUCCGAAAAAGUACAAACUUCUCCCAGUCCGAUCCUACGCUUUGCGGCCCAAAGUCAGAGAUUGA